AUGCUUAAAAAUCUAAUCUUUAUCUGUUCUGGUCCUUACGAAGGAGGUGUUUGGAAGGUAAGGGUGGAACUCCCGGAUGCUUAUCCAUAUAAAUCUCCGUCCAUUGGAUUCGUAAAUAGGAUUUACCAUCCAAAUGUUGAUGAAAUGUCAGGCUCUGUUUGCUUAGAUGUUAUCAAUCAGACAUGGAGUCCCAUGUUUGACCUAGUAAAUGUUUUCGAAGUUUUUCUUCCGCAACUUCUUUUGUACCCAAACGCGUCUGAUCCGCUGAAUCGAGAUGCGGCAGCUUUACUGAUGGGUAACCGUCCGGCAUUCGAUCAAAAAGUCAAAGGUUUUGAAGAAUACUUUGCAAAAAAAUAUGAUCCUUUCCUGAGUGGAUCAUCUCGGAAAACAAUCUACAAAUAA